AUGGCUCGCCUCAAAGAUAUACCAAAUGAGAUCCUCACGAUUAUCUUCACACAUCUCUCUGACAUCGACCACUCCAGCAUCUUCAACGUCACUCUCGUCAACAAGCACUUCAACCAGCUCGCCAGUCCUCUCCGCGUCCGUCACUGGACUGAUGAAGGAUACUACGGCUACUACGAUGAUAUCGAGUACUACGACGGCGAUUCGCUAUGCCCACCAAUCUCAAGACUAGCGCUCGAGCUCUUGCGCCAUCCUGAAUACCGUCUACAAGUCAGGACUCUAUCGUUUUCGUUUCCAGGCUUUAACAGAAGUGGUGACCGCAAUGCAACGCGGCCCAUGAAGCCUGAAAAUCUCCAGAUGCUCGCUAGGGCAGCUGAAGAAGUGGUUCCGACACUCGCCAAGUCAACAUGUAUAUGUGCCCGUAUUCUUGAAGGCAAGGACGACGCUAUCGCUACUCUCGUCCUCGCAUGGGCGACGAACUUGAGAUGCCUCAGUAUGACCAUUCCUUCCUUUGAUCCGACGCCAGGACAUGACGAGGGUCCGUUGGUCCUGCACUUUGCAAAACAACUGGCUCUUCGCUUUGACGACGAAGACGCGAAGCCACAUGCGCUGCUACCACUGGCCAAGCUUCGAGAACUCGAGUUUCGAAACGGGUAUAUCGACACUAUUCUUGGGCUCAAGUUCCUAACACCGUUUCUCUACCUCCCCAAUCUCAAGAUCCUCAAAACUUACAGAGUUGGUGAUCAAGUUUACAACGAUCCUGAGGAAGACGUUCAAAACUAUACUAAAGACAAAUAUUGCAUGCCGUUUCCGAAGGGUACCUCGUCUAUUGAGUCUGUCACUAUGAGAGAAACUAACUUGACGAGCGAGGGACUCGCAGAUCUUCUUGUUUCUUGUACCAGCUUGAGAUAUUUCUACCUUGACUUCUCAUGGAAUCUCGAGAACAUCAAACGGAACUGGACCAUACUAGCUAGGAGCCUGAUCAAUCAUGCAGCAUCUCUGGAGGAGUUGCAUCUAUGUGUUGAUCACUGUGAAGUUGAGUGGGUGGGAGAUACUGUUGGCGACGGAACAGGCGAUCCUAAGACCAUCGAUUUCAAUUGCUACCACCAACUCACUAGACUCGAAGUUCUCAGGGUUCCCAUGCCUCAUCUAUAUGGUCACGAUCUAGGGUCACGCUUAGGACCUCUAGAGGCAAGUCCCGUGGGGUUGCCGGAAUCUAUCCAGCGAGUCAGGCUCUUGGACAUGAAGUUGUGCUGCGAUUCCCUAUACCGUCCCGAGCAUGAAAUUUCACCCUUCUUGGACUUUGUCUUUAAUCUCAUCGGGGAGACGGGACCACAAGGGAGAUUAAGAAAUCUUCAUACACUGGAUUGUAUCGAAGCACUUUGUGACAUCCUGAAGAGUGAAAGGAUGCAAGAAAUCAAGGACCUGGCAGAAGAGCGCGGGGUCAACAUUCUCCUUUGCUGA